CUGUAUAUAUGUAUCUACAGUAAAAAACAACAUUGAACACGUGCAUGUAUCGAAACAAAGUUAACUAAAUCGUUUUUUUGAAAUAUUUAUCAGUAAACAAAUAGUUUUUUUUACUGAAAUGCAAAAAUGGGUAUACGUGGAUUGACAACAUAUAUUCAAAAUCGUUCAGAUUAUUAUUUCGAUGCAUAUGAACUGGCAAAUACAAAAUUAGUGAUUGACGGAGCGAGUCUAAAUGCGCAGUUAUAUUGCAAUAAAACUUACGGUGAUAGUAUAUUUAGCGGUGAUUAUGAUCAAAUUGCACAUUGUGUAACACGAUUUUUUGAAGACUUAUUACGAUGCAACGUCGAACCAUUAGUCAUAAUAGAUGGAGGUUGGGAAAGUAAAAAAUAUCAUACACUAAUCGGCCGGUUUAAAGACCGGUUAAACUCAGCUUCUAUUAUUAAUUUCAACAAUAAUCAUCGAACAUUCCUUUUUCCUAUGCUUUUGCAUGAUGUAUUUGUUGAUGUUAUGAAUAAAAUGGAAAUAAAGUACUACAUGUGUACCUUCGAAGCUGAUGAAUCAGCGGCCGCAAUUGCAAGAGUUUUAAACUGCCCAGUAUUAAGUUACGAUUCCGAUUUUUAUAUUUAUGGCGUAAUGUAUAUUCCUUUUAAUACAUUAGAUCGUUAUAUUGUACGAUAUGGUAAAGGAUACAUUAAAAGAUGUAAAAUAUAUCGGAUAGAAAAACUAUUAAAUAAAUUUAAGGGUCUUGAUAUCACAUUGUUGCCUUUAGCUUCAAUUCUUCUUGGAAACGAUUACAUCAAUAGCAAAGUAUUCAAUAAAUUUUUUUCAGAAUUGAGAAUAUUAAAACAACGCGUGACUAAUUAUCAACAAUUGAAAAUUGAUCGUAUUUUUAAUUGGUUAAAACAUCAUACUUUGAAUGAUGCAAUGAAUAAAAUUGUUAAACACGUAAGUAAAAAUCAAUAUCAACGUGUUGUUGAAAAAAUGGAAACUAUUAUUAACACGUACUUGAAUAUUUCAACACACAUGCUAGCUCCUUUGGGUUUCGACCAGCAAUUUAUUGAAAAUAUUGUAAAAAAUACCUCAAUUUAUAAAUUUGAAAAACAAGAAGUAAAAGAAUUGGAUAUCCACAAUCUCAAUAGUUUGAAUAACAAGUAUACAGAAGAAGAUAAUACGUAUGAAGAUGAUAAUACUGAAACUAAUCAUGAAGAUAUAAAUAAUGAUGCAACUUGUAAACUACCAAUUAUUCCAGACGAGACUUUUGCAGAUUCCUUACCGGAAUGGUUUAUGAAAGAUCAUUCAAAUGGAAAAUUUCCGUUAUAUUUCAUCAAUAUUAUUUCUCAUCAUGUAUACAUUUUACCGGUACAAAUAGAAAGUAUGUAUUAUCCAUCAGCACACGAAAUAAGCAUGCCAAUAAUUACCAAAAUCUGCAGUUUACUGACAACGAUGAACAGUAAUGUUAAUCAAAAAGAAAACGUAGUUAUGAAAUUGAUUACGCGUGAAAAUGACGAGAUGACUAAAGUUCACUUGAAUAUUCCCAAGUCGAGUGUAACAUUGGAAAAUUUAGGUGUAGUGAAUGAAGAAGUAAGAAAAAAAAUAAUCGAUGAAACAGCUGAAAUUGAAGAGAUAUAUCAUUUAGAAGAAGUGCCGUCAUCAUGGAAACUGUAUAUUGCUGUGAUCUUAUACUGGAUGAAACAAAAUAGUGAGCCGCAAAGGACUCAGUUACAUUUAGAUUGUUUGUUAGUGUCGAUGUUGCUGGGAAUUAUUGAUAAAAAAGUAGGGUUUCAACGGUCGAAAGAUAAAUUUCAAAGGAAAUUUGCCGAUAAUUUGGUACACAUACAAGAAACAAGAAGAUUGAAAAAGUUAUCAACUGAAGUGGGAUCAUCAAUUCUAGCGAACUUGAUUAAUGAAACCAGUAAAGAAGAUUGUAUUGCUUCGUUACCAUUUUUUUUGGAACAUCUUCAGAUUGGUAAAGAUCUGAGAAUGUAUCCUGAUAAAUUUGACUCUGAUAUAGUCCACGUUUUUUCACAAUUUCAAAGUUGCCUGCGACAUAUAAUGCAUUUGAAUGCACUGGUAGGGUGUAUUUAUGAGACACCAUCGAUAGGUGAUUUCUUCAAUGGUACAUUACUGUACCAUUUUUAUAAUAAUUUUAAAACGCGUAAUGACAUUGAAGCUUAUGUUUCAACAAGAUUAAAAAACGCUCCAAAUCUUUUAAAAAUUUUCCAAAUAUUAAGAAAAAAAAUUAUUGACAUUUUAAACAGUUGUGAAGUUAAAAUCUACGAAGGUAUGAAAAGUGUAAGAAGAAAAAGACGAAGAAAUAAAAAAAAUAAAUCACUCAAUGAUUUUGAUACAGAUUGCUUAAAAACCGAUGACAAUAAUGAUGAUGAUGAUGAAAACGAUAAUUUUUAUGAUUCUAACAAUCCAUUUUCAUUACUCAAAACAUUUAAUAGAAGGAUAUAAAAAAUUAUAUCCAAGACUUAAAAUAAGCAAUGAUUUGAUGGCUCAAAACAUUCAAAUUGCUACACUAGGAAAGCUAGAGGAAUUGUCAACUACUAUUGAAAAGUUGAAAAAUACUUUAGUAAAUC